AAAAAUAGAGAAAAUCCGUCAAAGGAAAUGACUCCCGCCCCCAAAUUCAUCAGUGCUAAAUUCUUGUCAAAUAGAGACCCUAGGUUAGAGUGUCGCGAAGAACAAAGCAUACAGAAAGAUUCUGGAGUAUGGAUGUGUUCAGGAAGGCAAUUUUGAAUCCAGGCCCACCUGAAGAUUUUGCACUUCAGACUGUGCAAGAAAUUAUAAAGCACCAGAAACAAACAAAACUAGUCCAAGAUGAGAAUCAGUUGCUUGAAAAUAUUCUGCGGAUGUUGCUUCAGGACCUGGUGUCAGCAUCAAUACAGUCCGGGGAGGAAAUCAUGCAGUAUGGACAAUCUAUUGCUGAUGGAGAUAUUCAUAAGGGUCAAAUUCCUCGACUUCUUGACAUUGUUUUGUAUCUCUGUGAGAAAGAACAUGUUGAAGGUGGUAUGAUAUUCCAGCUUUUAGAAGAUUUGACGGAAAUGUCCACAAUGAGAAACUGUAAAGAUGUCUUUGCAUAUAUCGAGAGCAAACAAGAUGUUCUUGGGAAGCCAGAACUUUUUGCAAGAGGAAAGCUUGUGAUGUUGAGAACAUGCAAUCAACUUCUUCGUCGGUUGUCAAAGGCAAAUGAUGUGGUGUUUUGUGGACGAAUUAUAAUGUUUCUCGCUCAUUUUUUCCCAUUAUCAGAACGCUCUGCUGUCAAUAUAAAAGGAGUUUUCAAUACGUCAAAUGAGACAAAAUACGAGAAGGAGACCCCUGAUGGUAUUGCUAUUGAUUUCAACUUCUACAAAACCUUUUGGAGUUUACAGGAAUACUUUUCAAAUCCCAGCUCUCUUGUUCCUCUUCCUACGAAGUGGCACAAGUUUACUACGAGUUUGAUGGUUGUAUUGAACACCUUUGAGGCCCAACCUCUAAGCGAUGAAGAUGGAAAUGCUAUUAACCUUGAGGACGAGGCAUCAAACUUCAGCAUAAAAUAUCUGACAAGCAGUAAACUUAUGGGUCUUGAGUUAAAAGAUCCAAGUUUUAGACGCCAUAUUCUGGUUCAAUGCCUUAUUUUGUUUGAUUAUUUGAAGGCCCCAGGGAAGAAUGAAAAAGACGUGCCAUCAGAUACACUGAAGGAAGAAAUAAAAUCCUGUGAAGAUCGCGUCAAGAAGCUUCUGGAAAUGACACCUCCUAGAGGGAAAGAAUUUCUUCUUAGCAUUGAACAUAUUUUAGAGCGAGAACGGAACUGGGUCUGGUGGAAGCGGGAUGGUUGCCCUCCAUUUGAAAAACAGCCAAUACAAAAGAAGUUAGUCCAAGAUGGGGCCAGAAAACGCCGGCCAAGGUGGAGACUGGGAAAUAAAGAGCUAUCACAAUUGUGGAAAUGGGCAGAUCAGAAUCCAAAUUCUUUAACAGAUCCUCAACGUGUCCGCACUCCUUCCAUCAUGGAGUACUGGAAACCAUUGGCCGAAGAUAUGGAUGAAUCUGCGGGAAUAGAAGCAGAAUAUCACCAUAAAAAUAGUCGAGUCUAUUGUUGGAAAGGUUUACGCUUUUCAGCUCGGCAAGACUUGGAGGGAUUUUCCAGAUUCACUGAACAUGGUAUUGAGGGCGUUGUGCCUUUGGAACUUUUGCCAUCUGAAGUGCGGUCCAAAUAUCAAGCUAAACCAGCUGACAAGUCUAAGCGUGCCAAGAAGGAAGAGAUGAAAACCUCUGUGCAGCAAGCUGAAGAAAAUCAGGUUGCAACACCUGCAAGUGAGAUGGAUGUUGAAGGAAGCAGAACUGAUCUUGAAGCCUCGAUAGCCCCAAUAGAUGCAGAUGCCACAAUGGCUUCUGGCAGUAUUUCUCAGAGCGGAACUCCAACCCCUGAUGAACAUCAGAAACAGAGUCCUGACACAGACAUCGGGCAGGAAUCAGGCCAAAUUGAAGCUGAAGCUGAAAUAGAGGCAGAAGCCAUGCCCGGAGUAAUAGAAGGUGAGACAGAUGCAGAGGUUGAUCUAGAUGCAGUAGUCUGAUAAAGUACAAGUAUGUUUCAUUUUACUCGAAUGGUGGGAGAAAACUACUUGUGCUCGAAUUAUUUUGAAGUUCAGGGUCUGUCUAAAGGCUAAAAGUGGACAUUAAUAUGUUGCAAAAACAUCAAUUUCUUAGAUGAUCCCUGGCUCGAUCAAGGUAGUGUUGGACUAGCUGAGUUGGAUAUGAAAGUGGUCGGCAUGCCUUGUUUGCACGAAUAUACUUGCAUUAAUGAUUAUGGAAUUUAGUUUCUAAUAU